AUGCCGUUUGGCCUCACCAAUGCCGGCGCGACCUAUCAGAGGCUCGUCAACCGAAUGUUCAAAGAUUUACUUGGAAAGACCAUGGAAGUUUACAUUGAUGACAUGGUGGUUAAAAGCAAACAUCGGAAAGAUCACAUAGAGCAUCUAAGGGAAGCGUUCGAGAUAUUAAGGCGGUACGGCAUGAGGCUCAAUCCGACCAAAUGCGCGUUUGGGGUAUCAUCUGGACAGUUUUUGGGACAUCUUGUGAGUAAAAGAGGGAUCGAGCCAAAUCCGGAGAAGGUAGAAGCCAUCGUGCAAAUGCGCGACCCAGAGACGAAAGAGGAUAUACAAGUGUUAACCGGUCGCAUCGCCGCGUUGAGUCGCUUUAUAUCUCGACUAACUGACCGAUGUAAACCCUUCUUCCGCGCAUUAAAAAAUAGGCAAGCCAAUUUUUGGGGCCCAGAGCAGUCUGAAGCGUUAGCUAAUUUGAAAAAAUACUUAUCCGGUAGACAAUUUCUCUCUGUACCCCGCAACGGCGAGCCCCUCAGCAUAUACUUGGCAAUAUCAGAUGUUGCAACCAGCGCCGCCUUGUUCAGGGAAGAGGGAUAUCGGCAGGAACCCAUCGCAUAUACGAGCCGCAGCCUCCUAGAUGCCGAAACAAGGUAUUCUCCGUCCGAAAAGGUAAUCCUCGCCCUGGUUACGGCAAAAAGGAAGUUGCGACAAUACUUCAAGGGGCAUAGCAUCACGGUAUACACCAAUUUGCCAAUUCGCGCCAUCUUGUCAAAACCAGACACAUCUGGAAGAAUGGCCAAAUGGGCAAUCGAGCUAAGUGAAUUUGACAUUACAUAUAAGCCGAGGUCGGCACUCAAGCGUCAGGCGUUAGCAGAUUUCUUGGUCGAGUGCCAUUUCCCAGCACCGAUCCCCGAGGUUUCAUGGCAAGACCCAUCCUGGGAGAUGCACGUCGACGGCGCAUCCAAUUUCUCAAGAGCAGGGGCAGGCGUUUUACUUCAAAGUUCCGAGGAUGUCCAAAUCGAGUGCGCGAUUCAUCUCGAUUUUCCGGCAUCAAACAACGUGGCUGAAUAUGAAGCUUUGGUGACGAGUUUAACUCUGGCAAAGAAACUACGAAUCCGACGCUUGCAGGUAUAUUCCGACUCGCAACUAGUUGUUGGAUUGUCUAAUGAUGACUACGCCGCCAAGGACGAACGAAUGUCCAGAUAUCAGGACUUGGUUCGAGAUUUGAUGCGCGGGUUUGAACAACUUUCACUGGUCAAAGUACCUCGCGAGAAGAAUUCCCGCGCAGACGAGUUAGCUAAAGCCGCUUCAGGUUGCACGGAGGUCAUCAACAUCGUCAAGAUCGAGGUGCUCGAAGGACCAAGCAUUGAAGGUAACAAGCCGCGACGACAGGUCAUGGCGGUCGAGUCAAUUCCGAACGACUGGAAAGGACAAAUUGUCAAUUACCUUGAAUUUGGCAUACAGCCAGACGAUCCAAUUGAGGCCAGAAAGCUCAGGAUGAAGGUUGCACGAUACCUAGUUGUCGAAGACGAACUUUUUAGGCGCUCAUUUUCCGGACCCCACCUUAGAUGCUUGGGACCUUCUCAGGCAAGGCUCGUGCUCGAAGAAAUUCACGAAGGGUCGUGCGGGGCGCACCUCGGCGGCAGGACCCUCGCACAUAAGGUCCUCUCCCAAGGAUACUAUUGGCCAUAUCUCUCGCGGGAAGCCGAACAAUAUGCCAAGAAAUGUAAGCAAUGCCAACGGCACGCGCCGGUAAGCCAUUCGCCUGCUGAAGAGCUUCAUUCAUUAGCUGGCCCAUGGCCUUUCGCUAGAUGGGGAAUGGAUAUAGUUGGUCCCUUACCGCCGGCACCCGGCGGCCUCAAGUAUGUGCUGCUUGCUACAGACUAUCAUACGAAAUGGGUCGAGGUAGAUUCAUAUGCCACGAUUACGGGAGAGACAGUGGUGACAUUCACAUGGCGGAACAUCAUAUGUCGAUUCGGCAUCCCGUGA